CUAAACCUAAACAGUACCCUGCACCAAAUCAUCUUUUAAGAGAGCAGAGCAAGAUCCAUACCCAUUACUCUAUACACUUUCAGAAAUGAAGAACAGCAACGGUAACACGAGACUCAUUCUCCUUCGUCCUUAUAUCCACAAACAGGGGAGUUCAAAUCGUUUAUGGCUUCUCGUUUUCCUUUCCUUCUUCACCGUAGCUUUCCUCCUCACCUUCUUCUACAACAGAGAAUCCAUACCCAUCAAAACGACAGCCACCGCAGUAAUAACCAAAGCCGCUGAAACGACGUCGUCGGGAAUUAAUCCGCCAUUGGCGACAACAGUCAUCAACACUCUCCUCCAUUACGCUUCCAGAUCCAACGACAGUUUCCACAUGCCAUACGCCGAGCUCAAACCCAUCUCCGACGUCCUCCGCAAAUGCUCAUCCCCCUGUAAUUUUCUCGUAUUCGGAUUAACUCACGAGACCCUUCUCUGGAAAGCACUGAAUCACAAUGGCCGCACUGUUUUCAUCGAGGAGAAUCGCUACUACGCGGCCUAUUUCGAAGAGCUGCACCCAGAAGUAGAUGUCUUCGACGUGCAAUACACGACUAAAUUGAGUGAAAAGCAGGAGCUGAUAGCGUCGGCGAAGGCCCAGAUACGCAAUGAAUGUCGCCCGGUACAGAACCUGCUCUUCUCGGAAUGCAAGCUCGGGCUCAACGAUCUACCUAACCAUGUCUAUGAAGUGGAUUGGGAUGUGAUUCUGGUUGAUGGGCCGAGAGGAGAUGGGAAGGAAGGGCCCGGGAGGAUGUCGCCGAUCUUCACUGCCGGCGUUUUGGCGAGAAGCAAGAAGGGUGGGAACCCAAAAACGCAUGUGUUCGUGCAUGAUUAUUAUGCAGAUGUGGAGAUUGGUGACGAGUUCUUGUGCAGAGAAAAUUUAGUGGAGGCAAACUACAUGCUUGCACAUUUUGUGGUGGAGAAAAUGGAAGGGAGUAGCUUCCAGUAUUGUCGCAAUCAAACGAAAUCUUCUGUUUCAUGAUGCGAUCAUCUUAGUUAUUUUUAUUCUCUCUCUCUCUCUCUCUCUCUCUCUCUCUCUAUAUAUAUAUAUAUAUAUAUAUAUAUAGUCUUCUGAAAUCGUCGUGCUUGUUGCAGUCACCUUCACAU